CGUCAGCUCUAUAAAGGCUCCCUGGCCAGAGCCCAAGGGGGCAGCAGCUUCUACCUCUUCGUCCCUGGAAGGGCCCAGGAAAAUGGCCCUGGCCCUGGCGGUCUUCAGUCUGCUGGGCUCGGCCUGCUUGGUGUCAGCCAACAGCUUUGAGUACCAGGUGGACGCCCAGCCUCUCCGUCCGUGUGAGCAGCGAAGGGAAGCGGCCUUUCUGAAGGGAGCAGACUACGUUCCCCAGUGCGCCGAGGAUGGCAGCUUCCAGACUGUCCAGUGCGGGAAGGAUGGAGGCUUCUGCUGGUGUGUGGACGCCGAUGGCAGGGAAGUGCCCGGCAGCCGGCAGCCUGGGCGGCCUGCGUCCUGUCUGUCGUUCUGCCAGCUGCAGAAGCAGCAGAUCUUACUGAGCAGCUACAUCAACAGCACGGCCACAUCCUACCUCCCUCAGUGUCAGGAUUCGGGGGACUACGAGCCCAUGCAGUGCGACCUGCGACGGGGGCAGUGCUGGUGUGUGGACACGGAAGGGAUGGAGGUGUACGGGACCCGCCAGCGGGGGAGGCCGACACGAUGUCCAGGGAGCUGUGAGAUAAGAAACCGCCGUCUCCUCCACGGGGUGGGGGACAAGUCCCCACCCCAGUGCUCUCCAGACGGCGCCUUCGUGUCUGUGCAGUGCAAGUUCGUCAACACCACGGACACGAUGAUCUUCGACCUGGUCCACAGCUACAACAGGUUCCCAGACGCAUUUGUGACCUUCAGUUCCUUUCGCAGAAGGUUUCCGGAGGUGUCUGGGUAUUGUCACUGUGUGGACAGCCAAGGGCGGGAACUGGCUGAGACAGGUUUGGAGCUGCUACUCGACGAAAUUUACGACACCGUUUUUGCUGGCCUCGACCUUGCUGCCACCUUCACUGAGACCACCCUGUACCGAAUACUGCAGAGACGGUUCCUAGCAGUGCAGCUGGUCAUCUCUGGCAGAUUCCGAUGCCCCACGAAAUGUGAAGUGGAGCGGUUUACAGCCACCAGCUUCGGUCACCCCUGCGCUCCGAGCUGCCGCCCAGAUGGGGAGUACGAGGCGGUACAGUGCCAGAGGGAUGGGCCGUGCUGGUGUGUGGACGCCCAGGGACGGGAGCUCCAGGGGACGCGGCGUCAAGGGGAGCCUCCGUUCUGUGCUGAAGACCAGUCCUGUCCCUCUGAGAGGCGGCGGGCCUUUUCCAGACUCCGCUUUGGGCCCUCAGGCUACUUCAGCCAGCACGACUUGUUCUUGGCUCCCGAGGAAGGACCGGGCUCUCAGAGAGUCACCAGAUUUGCCUCAUCCUGCCCCUCCUUGAUCAAGGAGCUCUUUGUGGAUUCUGGGAUUCUCCACCCAAUGGUACAAGGGCAGGAUACACGGUUUGCUGCCCUAGAAAGUCUCCUCAAAGAAGCCAUCAGAGGGAUUCUUCCCUCCCAAGAGCUGGCCCGUCUCGCCCUGCAGUUCACCACCAACCCAAAGCGACUCCAGCAAAACCUCUUUGGAGGGAGAUUUUUGGAGAAUGUCAUCCAGUUUAACUUGUCUGGAGCCCUGGGCCCGAGAGGUACGUUUAAUUUCAGUCGCUUUUUCCAGCAACUUGGUCUUCCAGGCUUCCAAAUUGGACAGGCACUAGCAGAUCCAGCCAAGCCCUUCUCCAUGGGACUGGAUUCAAAUCCUUCCAGGGAAGCCCCUGAAGCCUUGAAGACGGGUGCUGCUAUGAAUAAGCCAGUUGUGGGCAGCUUUGGCUUUGAAAUCAACUUACAAGAGAAUCAAAAUGCCAUGAAAUUCCUUUCUUCCCUCCUGGAGCUUCCAGAAUUCCUUCUCUUCUUGCAGCAUGCUAUUUCUGUGCCAGAGGACAAAGCAAAGGAUUUAGGUGACGUGAUGGAAAUGGUGCUUAGCUCCCAGGGCUGUGGGCAGACACCUGGUAGCCUUUUUGUCCCAUCAUGUACUGCAGAAGGGCGCUACAAGGAGGUCCAGUGCUUUGCUGGAGAGUGCUGGUGCGUGGAUGCCCAGGGCCAAGAACUUGCUGGCUCCAGGGUCAGAGGUGGACAACCGAAGUGCCCCACAGAGUGUGAAAAGCAAAGGAUGCGCAUGCAAGGCCUCUUGGGUAGCCAGCCUGCAGGGUCCAGCCUGUUUGUCCCUUCUUGUACCAGUGAGGGGCACUUCCUCCCUGUCCAGUGCUUCAACUCAGAGUGUUACUGUGUGGACGCCGAGGGUCAGCCUAUUCCCGGAACUCGAAGUGAACUUGGAGAACCCAAGCAAUGCCCCACACCCUGUCAGUUACAGGCUGAGCGCGCCUUCCUUGGGACGGUGCGGGCCCUGGUCUCUAAUCCCAGCAUGCCGCCCACCCUCUCCAGCAUCUAUAUCCCGCAGUGCAGUGCCAGCGGGCAGUGGAGACGCGUGCAAUGUGACGGGCCCCCCGAGCGGGCCUUUGAGUGGUAUGAACAGUGGCGAGCUCAGAACAGUGGUGGCCAGGAGCUGACCCCUGCAGAGCUGCUGAUGAAGAUCAGGAGCUACAGAGAAGUGGCUUCCAGAAGCUUCCGUCUCUUUAUUCAAAGUCUGUAUGAGGCUGGCCAACAAGACGUCUUCCCAGGGCUGGCAAGAUACUCUUCAGUCCAAGACGUCCCGCUGGCAGUGUUGGAAGGGAACCUGACCCAGCCCGGAGGGAACAUCCUUCUGGAGCCCUACCUCUUCUGGCAGAUCCUAAAUGGCCAGCUCAGCCGAUACCCAGGGCCCUACUCAGACUUUAGCACUCCAGUGGCCCACUUCGACCUCCGAAGCUGCUGGUGUGUGGAUGAGGCUGGUCAAAAGCUGGAAGGAACCUGGACCGAGCCCGGCAAGGUCCCAGCAUGUCCUGGCUCUUGUGAGGAAGUGAAGCUUCGUGUCCUGCAGUUCAUUAAGGAAGCAGAAGAGAUCGUCAUGGAUUCCAACAGUUCUCGGUUCCCUCUGGGAGAGAGUUUCCUAGCUGCCAAAGGAAUCCGGCUGACGGAUGAGGAGCUGGCCCUUCCUCGCCUCUCCCCGCCCCGGGAGACUUUCUUGGAGAAGUUUCUGAGCGGGAGUGAUUAUGCCAUUCGAUUGGCAGCUCUGUCCACCACAUGUGAGAGUCUCCCCAGAGCCAUCUUUGUUUCCUGCUUCUCUCCCUCGCCAGCCAUCUCUUUUGGAGGACAAGGCGCCCGUCUUACUCUUUAUACCCUGGGCCCUGGCACAGCACUCAGCAGAGAGCGGGGACCUGGAAAAUGUUGCUUGACCACCCUUGGUUCUUGCCUCCUCUUCUCUUCUCUUCUCCCUCCUUCCCUCCCCUCACGCCCAGCCUUUGACUUCUACCAGAGACUCCGUGUCCACCUGGGCAAAUCCCCACGGGCAUCCACCCCUCUGCGGUCCAGCCCCUACGUGCCCCAGUGUGAUGCAUUUGGAAGUUGGGAGCCCGUACAGUGCCACGCCGCGACUGGGCACUGCUGGUGUGUGGACGGGAAGGGAGAGUACGUCCCUACCUCGCUGGCUGCCCGCUCGCCUCAGAUCCUGCAGUGCCCCACCAGCUGUGAGAAGUCUCGAGCCAGGGCGCUGCUUUCCAGUUGGAAACAGGCUGGUUCCCAAGGAAAACCAUCUCCAAAAGACCUGUUCAUCCCAACCUGCUUAGAGACAGGAGAGUUUGCCAGGCUGCAGGUGUCAGAGGCCAGCACCUGGUGUGUGGACCCGGCCUCAGGAGAGGGCACGCCGCCGGGCACAAACAGCAGUGCCCAGUGCCCGAGCCUCUGUGAAGUGCUCCAGAGUGGAGUUCCCUCCAGGAGAGCCAGCCCUGGCUAUGCCCCAGCCUGCACGGCGGAGGAUGGAGGCUUCUCCCCAGUGCAAUGCGACCCGGCCCAGGGCAGCUGCUGGUGUGUCCUGGGCAACGGAGAGGAGGUGCCCGGGACCCGCGUGGCUGGGAGUCAGCCGGCCUGUGAGAGCCCGCAGUGCCCCCUGCCCUUCAACGUGUCGGAUGUGGCCAGCGGGGCCCUCCUGUGCGCGCCAGCCUCGGGCCCAGGAGGGGCUGCCGUGCAGCGGUGCCAGCUGCUGUGCCGCCCGGGCUACCGGAGUGCCUUCCCGCCGGGGCCGCUGCUGUGCAGCCUGCAGAGGAGACGCUGGGAGUCGCAGCCCCCUCAGCCCCGUGCCUGCCAGCGGCCCCAGCUGUGGCAGACUCUCUGGACCCAAGGGCAGCUCCAGCUCCAGCUCCCGCCGGGCAAGGUGUGCCAUGCCGACUACGCAGGCUUGCUGCCGGCUUUCCAGAUCUUCCUAUUAGACGAGCUCACAGCCCGUGGCUUCUGUCAGAUCCAGGUGAAGACGGCUGGGACCCCUGUCUCCAUCCCCGUCUGCGACGACUUCACGGUGCGGGUGGAGUGUCUGAGCGGGGAGCGGUUAGGAGCCAAUGUCACGUGGAAAUUGCGGCUGGAGGAUGUCCCACCCGCCUCUCUCCCGGAUCUGCGUGAUGUUGAGGAAGCCUUGGUGGGCAAGGAUCUCGUUGGGCGCUUUGCAGAUCUGAUCCAAAGUGGAAAAUUCCAGCUUCAUCUGGAUUCCAAGACGUUUCCAGCAGACACAUCCAUCCGCUUCCUCCAAGGGGACCGCUUUGGCACCUCUCCCAGGACACAGUUUGGGUGCUUGGAAGGAUUCCACCAAGUCUCGGCCACCAGCAAUGCCAGUCAGGACCCAUUGGGGUGUGUUAAGUGUCCUGAAGGAAGCUAUUUUCAGGAUGAGCAGUGUAUUCCCUGUCCUGCUGGAUUCUACCAAGAACAGGCAGGUAGCCUGGCCUGCGUCCCUUGUCCCGCGGGCAGAACGACCGUCUCCACUGGAGCUUUCAGCCGGACUCACUGUGUCACUGGCUGUCAGAAGAAUGAGGCAGGCUUGCAGUGUGACCAGGACGGCCAGUACCGAGCCAGCCAGAGGGAUGGGGCCAGCGGGAAGGCCUUCUGCGUGGACGGCGAGGGGCAGAGGCUGCCUUGGUCAGAGACGGAGGCCCUGCUGAUGGACGCCCAGUGUCUGAUGAUGAGGAAAUUUGAGAAGCUCCCAGAAUCUAAGGUGAUCUUCGAUGCAGAUGUUGCUGUGGUGGUCAAGUCCCAAGUUCCCGGUUCUGAGUCCUCACUGACGCAGUGCUUGGCAGACUGUGCGCUAGAUGAAACCUGCAGCUUCCUCACAGUGUCCACGGCGGGAUCAGAAGUCUCCUGCGAUUUCUAUGCUUGGGCAAGUGACAACAUCGCCUGCACAACUUCUGGUCGGGAGGAAGAUGCACUGGGGACCUCAAAGGCCACCAGCUUUGGAAGUCUUAUGUGCCAGGUGAAAGCGAGGAGCGGGGGUGGAGACUCUCCAGCUGUGUAUCUGAAAAAGGGCCAAGAAUUCACCACGACAGGUCAGAAAAGAUUUGAACAGACUGGUUUCCAAAGUGUGCUCUCCGGAAUGUACAGCCCCGUCGCCUUCUCAGCGUCAGGAGCCAGUCUGACCGAAGUCCAUCUCUUCUGUCUUCUUGCCUGUGACCGUGAUUCCUGUUGCGAUGGCUUCAUCCUCACGCAGGUCCAAGGAGGUUCCAUCAUCUGUGGGUUGCUGAGCUCUCCCGAUGUCCUGCUUUGCCAUGUCAGAGACUGGAGGGACCCUUCGGAAGCCCAGGCUAAAGCUGCGUGUCCUGGGGUGACGUAUGAGCAAGACAGCCGCCAGGCGACGCUGCGUCUGGGAGGCCAGGAAUUCAAGAGUCUGACGCCCCUGAAAGGAAACCAGAGCACCUUUACCAGUUUCCAGCAGGUUUAUCUCUGGAAAGAUUCUGACAUGGGGUCUCGGUCUGAGUCUGUGGGGUGCAGAAGAGCUGUGGAAGCAAGGCCAGCAUCUCCAGCAGAAGCAGAUUUGACAACAGACCUUUUCUCCCCUGUGGACCUUAACCAAGUCAUUGUCAAUGGAAACCGAUCCCUGCCCAGCCAGCUGCACUGGCUUUUCAAACACCUGUUUUCACUGCAGCAGGCAAAUCUGUGGUGUCUUUCUCGCUGUGUCCAGGAGCCCUCUUUCUGUCAGCUGGCAGAGGUAACAGACAGUGCACCCUUGUACUUCACCUGCACCCUCUACCCAGAAGCCCAGGUGUGUGAUGAUGUCUUGGAGUCCAGUCCCAAGGGCUGCAGACUGAUCCUGCCCCGCAGGCCAAGUGCCCUCUUCCAGAAGAAAGUUGUACUGCAAGAUAAAGUGAAGCAGUUUUACACUCGCCUGCCGUUCCAAAAGCUGAUGGGGAUUUCCAUUCGAAACAAAGUGCCCAUGUUUAACAAAUCCAUUUCCAAUGGCUUCUUCGAAUGUGAACGACUGUGUGACGUGGACCCGUGCUGCACCGGCUUUGGCUUUCUGAACGUUUCCCAGUUAAAAGGAGGAGAGGUGACAUGCCUAACUCUGAACAGCUUGGGAAUUCAGAUGUGCAGUGAGGAAAAUGGAGGAGCCUGGCGCAUUCUGGACUGUGGCUCUCCUGAUGCUGAGGUCCGCACUUAUCCCUUCGGGUGGUACCAGAAGCCUGUUGCUCAAAAUGAUGCUUCCAGUUUUUGCCCUUCGGUGGCUUUGCCUCCCCUCACAGAGAACGAUGGCAUUUCCCAGGUGACUCCUCAUUCCCGGAAAAAGUACGAAAACUCCCUGUCAAGUUUCCUGUUGGAUUCUUGGUUCCCAGAAUGUAGACCCUCCAUCCGGCAUGUCGCUUUGGACUCGUGGCAGUCCCUGGCCCUCUCUUCAGUAGUUGUUGAUCCAUCCAUCCGGAACUUUGACGUUGCCCACAUCAGCACGCCUGCCACGGGUGACUUCUCUGCUGCCCGGGACCGAUGUUUGUGGGAAUGCUCCCAUCACCAGGCCUGCCUUGUCACCACUCUGCAAACCCAACCUGGCGCUGUGAGGUGUAUGUUCUAUGCUGAUACCCAGAGCUGCACACACAGCCUGCAGGCCCAAAACUGCCAACUUCUGCUCCGUGAAGAGGCCACCCACAUCUACCAGAAGCCAAACAUCCCUCUGGUCGGCUUUGGGACAUCUGCACCUUCGGUGACCCUCACCACCCACGGCCGGCUGCUGGGCAGGUCCCAGGCCAUCCAGGUGGGCGCUUCGUGGAAGCAAGUGGACCAGUUCCUGGGAGUUCCGUAUGCCACCCCGCCCCUGGCGGGAAGCCGCUUCCGGGCCCCGGAGCCCUGGAACUGGACAGGGUCCUGGGAUGCCGCCAAGCCACGGGCCAGUUGCUGGCAACCAGGCGCCAGGACGCCUUCGUCCCCCGGGGUCAGCGAGGACUGCCUGUAUCUCAACGUGUUUGUCCCUCAGAACGUGGCCCCCAGCGCGUCUGUGCUGGUGUUCUUCCACGACGCCGCAGAGGGCAGGGCCAGCGGGGGCCGGCCGGCCGUCGAUGGCUCCUUCUUGGCUGCUGUUGGCAACCUCAUCGUGGUCACUGCCAGCUACCGAGUGGGCGUCUUUGGCUUCCUGAGUUCCGCGCUGCCUGUUCCUCGUGCUUAAAGCAAAGCUGUCGGCAAGAGAGAAGGAGAGUUACCCUCAGCCAGCGCCCAUCUCUACCAGACAUCUUUCCUGGGUGACGUCAUUUCAGUCUCCAGGCACCUCCGCGAGGUCAGCCCUGUGCGGUCAUGUCAUAGAGGAAACGACGAGGCUCAGAGAGGUUAAGGGACUUUAUGCCCAGCAGCCGUGAGUUAAAUUUCAUGUCACACUGGGCAUUAAAUCCCGUGGAUGAAACACUAAGAAGAAAUAAUGGUAGCUUGCUCCCUCCAUGUUUUCCCUUUUGUUGUUGUUGUUUUUGCAACUUUCACAAUCUCUUUUAAUUCAGGACACUUUUAAAAUAUCUUUAACAUAUAAUUUGAGUGUUCAAGGAAAUAGGGAAAGGAGAAAAAUGUUAACCUAGUUGUUUUCACAAAUAUAAUCUCUUUUAAAACUGAAAAAAAAAAACCCAGCUGUCUAAAGUUGACAUGUCUGGAAAAGUUAUCUGUGCCACUCCCUCUCCCCCGCAAAGAAAAGAAAACUCCUCAGAGAGAAUUGCUUCCCCUUAAAGUGGCACAUUUAAAACUGGGGUUCCAGGAGAUUCCAUGGUGUUUGUCUUCCUGUUUACGUGUGUUGUCUGUGUAAGGGUCCUCUCAAGAAUUUGUGGUGUUUGUUCUAUUUCUUAAGCUGGGUGGUGGGUUAAUGUGUUUGCUUUUUUCUCAUGCUUUAGAUAUAGCGCUUAUAC